AUGGUGCUUGUCAAUGACGCAGUGCUGCUGAUCGAAAUCGUGCUGCUCAGUGUCGUACUCGUGCUAGCGGUUGUGCUGCUGGUCCCACUCGUGGAAGUACGACUAAUGCUUGUCCCACUGCUAGUCGGACUCGUGGCACUGAGGGUUGUGCUGCUGGUCCGGGUGGUGGUGCUGAACGUGGUGCUGCUGGUCGCUGUCGUGCUGCUGGAAAACGUGAAGCUCGUACCACUGCUCGUAAUCGUGCUCGUCGACGACGCAGUGCUGCUUGCCGCAGUCGUGCUGCUCGGCGUAGUUGUGCUGGAGGAAUCGCUUGUAGAAGUAAACGUGGUGCUCGUUCCACUGCUGGUCUCACUCGCGGAAGUUGACAGAUGA